UUGUAGAGUCAAAUACGAAAUGUUGCAACCGCUAAGUUUUGGAGACGGUAGAAGCGAACGGGACUGGGCCAUUUCGAAGCAGCAACAAGGAAAGAGUGUCUUGAACAAUAAUGAAUUUCAUCAACUGUGGAAGAGAAUAUUUGGUUGGGCUGUAACGUUGCCGGAACUGUGCUUUCACUGUUGUCGUUACUUGACUCAGUGUUUUGACUUUAGUCCUUUUGCAAUUGAGAAAUUGAAUACUGGCGCAGAGUCAACACAGCAUGCGAGGGAACAUUUCCAGAAUUCUGUCUCAGAAUAUUAUGGUUGUUUCCCACCUGAUUGGAAGCGAAAUGUAUCUCUACCUACUUCAUCCACUUGGACCAAUUCAGGCUUUGGUCGUAGUAUACUUUGGGAAGAUGACUGCUUGAGCCCUUUUGUAGUCACAGCAUCUAGCAACGAUAAGAUUUCCAGUUGUGUCGGAGGCGACGUUGAAGCUUCAUACCACCAUUCGAGUUCCCUGGAAAAACAAGGCUUCCAAUAUAACAAGAAGACAGAAAUUUCUCUUGGUAGAAUUUUUGAAUUAGGAAGUCUUCAUUUUGUAGGAUAUUCUGACUCGUAUUCAGGCGUUCAUUCAUAUUGUGGACCUCCUCUUCUGACGAUGUCUUGCUUGGGUGAAUUGGGACGUUUUGGCAACCAACUGUUUCAGUAUAUGUUUCUCAAGUGCUGUGCGUUGGUACAUCACACCUCUGUACAAACUCCUCCAUGGAUUGGGGAGUCACUUUUCGCUUUGAAGGACGAUCGAAUCUCAGUAAAACUUCCUCUCGCAGUAGAGAGUUCGCAUAUGAAAGCCAAUUCUAUUUUAACAGACAAAUUGACGGAAUACAUAAAGUCAACCAGUACUGAGAAACAUAUUGUGGAAAUAGAGCCGAAUGUGCUUGAAAAAGAUACCAAGAAGGACUUGGUUAAUGUUGAUAUAUGGGGUUGGUUUCAAUGGCAUACGAGUUAUUAUAGACCUUUUCGUUCCUAUAUAUAUUCUCUAUUUCGAGUGAAUCCCGACUUGAAAGAAUAUUUAGAUAUGGAAAUAAGCAAGAAGCUAUGUCCUUUGGAUGGCUCAGUCACUUUAGUUGGUAUUCAUAUUCGUUUGGGUGAUUACAAAGAUAUUACAGCGAGUUCCUUUGCGUAUUGUGCUCCUGUUUCUUGGUAUUUAGAAUGGUUAGAACACAUAUGGCCGCAGUUGAAGAAUCCUGUUCUUUUUGUCGCUUCAGAUGAAAUUAAUCAGGUAGAAAAAUACUUUUGGCAGUACCAACCAAAGACGUGCCAUUCUCUUGGUAUUCAUAUGCCAAGGACAUAUGCAAGUGUUGAAGCGGAUUUCUUUCCAGACUGGUAUAUUUUGACUAUGUGUGAUGUUUUGGCUAUAAGUAAUUCUACUUUUAGUUUUACGAGUUGUUUACUGAAUCAGCGGACGAAUCCUCGUUUCUGCAGAGCUCAUUACCUUUAUCGUAUCACUGAGAUAGAUAUCUGGAAUACAGACCCAAUUAUUCACAGAGAGUUGAGUUCCGCAUUUUGGAAGAGGACUUGGGACUCUCUAUUUUUGUUGUAUCAACAACAAGGAACAUUGGAACUAUUAAGAAGCAUAUUUUGGGGACUUCCUUUGUACAGCAUCCGAUCACUACUGAUUGAUGUGGUCUUAGGUUUGCGAAGGUUGUACUGGAAUAGUUUACUUAGAAAGUGGUUUGGCAGUGAGUAAGUGGGUUGAACAUAGCAAUCAUUUGAGAUGUCAAUCAUCUUUGUUACAAAAGUUACCUAAUUUGUAAUACUUGUUUUGUUCAUUGUUCUUGUGCUUCCAGUAAAUCAAAGAUACUUGUGUCGUUUGAAUUAUCUUUACAAAGGAUAUUUUAGUAAGAAAAUGAAAGUUGCACGU